AUGAUGUGUUUUUCAGACAGCACCUUCCAGUCCGUUUUCUGUUGCUGCUGCUGCUGCUGCUCAGUACAGAAGCGACAGGUGAGAACACAAAUAAGCCUGAGAAAAGAUGAAGAGUUUUCAGAAAAACACACUGGAAGUCCCAGGCCCUGGUUUGGCAAACUGAAAACCAAGAAGACGUCCAACAGGAGUUGCGUGCAACCCUCAAAACGCAAGCCACUGCCUCCCCUUCCGCCCUCAGAGUUUGCUGAAGAGAAGAUCCGGGUCAAGGCUCUUUAUGAUUUCCUGCCUUGGGAGCCCUGUAAUUUAGCACUAAAGAGAGCAGAGGAAUACCUGAUAUUAGAGAGGUGUGAUCCUCACUGGUGGAAGGCCAGAGACCGUCUGGGGAAUGAAGGCUUAAUCCCAAGCAACUAUGUGACUGAAAACAAAUUCACCAAUAUAGAAAUAUAUGAGUGGUACCAUAAGAACAUUACCAGAAAUCAGGCAGAACAUCUGUUGAGGCAAGAGGCCAAAGAAGGUGCAUUUAUUGUGAGAGAUUCAAGGCAUUUGGGUUCUUACACGAUUUCUGUGUUUACAAGAGAUAGAAGAAGUACAGAGUCUUCAAUAAAACAUUAUCAGAUUAAAAAGAAUGACUCAGGACAGUGGUAUGUGGCUGAGCGACACCUCUUUCCAUCCGUCCCUGAGUUGAUCCAGUAUCACCAGUACAAUGCAGCUGGUCUCAUGUCCCGACUCCGCUAUCCAGUUGGGCUGCUGGGCAGCUGUUUACCAGCCACAGCUGGUUUCAGCUAUGAAAAGUGGGAGAUAGAUCCAUCUGAGUUGGCUUUUGUCAAGAAGAUCGGAAGUGGUCAGUUUGGGGUAGUCCACUUAGGGGAAUGGCGAGCACAUGUCCAGGUCGCCAUCAAGGCCCUCAACCAAGGCUCCAUGUCAGAAGAGGAUUUCAUAGAAGAGGCCAAAGUGAUGAUGAAACUGUCACAUUCAAGGCUAGUUCAGCUUUAUGGGGUGUGUAUACAGCAGAAGCCCCUCUAUAUUGUGACUGAGUUUAUGGAAAACGGCUGCCUGCUUAACUAUCUCAGGGACAGAAGAGGAAAGCUUAGGAAGGAAUUGCUACUGAGUGUGUGCCAGGACAUAUGUGAAGGAAUGGAGUACUUGGAGAGGAACUGCUUUAUCCACAGAGAUUUGGCGGCAAGGAAUUGUUUGGUCAGUUCUACCUGUGUAGUAAAGAUUUCAGACUUUGGGAUGACAAGGUAUGUUUUGGAUGAUGAAUAUAUCAGUUCUUCUGGAACCAAGUUCCCAAUCAAGUGGUCCCCGCCUGAAGUUUUUCAUUUCAACAAGUACAGCAGCAAGUCUGACGUCUGGUCAUUUGGAGUUCUAAUGUGGGAAGUUUUUACAGAAGGAAAAAUGCCUUUUGAAAAUAAGUCAAAUCUGCAAGUAGUGGAAGCCAUUUCCAAAGGCUUCCGGCUAUACCGUCCUUACUUGGCCCCCAUGUCCAUAUAUGAAGUUAUGUACAGUUGCUGGCAUGAGAACCCUAAAGGCCGUCCGACAUUUGCAGAGCUGCUUCAGGUUCUCACAGAGAUUGCAGAAAUCUGGUGACCUGAAAUGGAAAACUGAACCAGAGGGUCAUCGUGCAAAAGUGUCAUAGAGGAGAUCAUGGGUGACACCAGUGAUGGGGAGUUUAGAGUUGCUAACUCUUGGCUGGAGAGCGAAGAUCACAGGCUUUCACACUGAUUUCAACUAAAGACUAUUCUGGUCAUAGUUUUUCUGCAUGUGUGAGAGGGACUUCCAAACUAUACACUGAAAAUCUUUCGCAUCCCAUGUGUGAAAGGAAAUGGGUUCCACAUCAGCUUUCCCAAUGACUUCUUCAUGACAGUCACCUUCAGAACCCUUGAGGAUACAUGAAAACCUGAUACUUCACAAGGCCAAAGAAACUUGUUUCCUGAGGAGAACUGACAUUCCACUCUUGAGUGGUCCAUGCAUACAAGAGAAAAUUAGAUUCAGCCAACUCAGAGUAAAAAGGCCUCCCCCACAGAGUUUCAUGCUUUGGGGCUGUAAAAAUCUUUAUAGAAAA